AUGCUGAUCAGUGUACUUUGCAUCACGUUCGAUAGGGUACAGAAUCGACCAAAGGCAGAUGUUUGUAGAAAGUUCAAAUCGAUGAGCAUUGCUGACAAACCUAACUCUGGUAACAUCUACCAAGAUCAAGCAGGUUCAUGCAGUCCUAAGUCUUAUGACAGAACGCUUGACAACAAUGAGGGUCUCAUGCAAUACAACUACGUCAGGUGGAUGGCAGGCUACCAACGCAACUUAAGUCUCAUCACAGAUCAAACUGUUAUGAACAACGCCCUUUACUGCUCAAUUUACUGUGCAUCGAUAAACGGUAUCACACAUGAUCCUAAUCCUUCUGAUAAAUGCUAUACUAAAUAUGCUGCCGACGGAUGCGGAAGUUCUAACUUAGCAAUGUCAUAUAACUCUAUUUCUAGAAGAGCUCCUGGAUUUGUUAUGCAAUUGCUUGAUGACUAUAUAGAUGGUCAAGACAUUGACGGUCUUGGUCACCGAAGAUGGAUGUUAAGUCCUUAUACGGUUAAAACAAUGUUUGGUGCAGCGUCAAAUGUAAAAACGCAAACUUACUAUGGGCGAGUUUACACGUAUUAUGUCAACUAUUUCACUAUGAGUACUUUCGAUUCAGGUUGUACUGUAAAUCCACCACCAGAAACUCUCCCAUUCUAUGCAUGGCCUCCACCAGGUUUCGUACACAGUGGUCAUGUUUACAAGAUUUUCAGUUUCUCACAUGAAAACUUGAGGUCAAACCCUUCUUUAGUAGUUAAAGUUGAUGGUGUUACAAAGUCAACACAGACAUACUUUGCUAGUUACAGUUAUAUGGAACCACCUUCUUUAUCUUUCACCUUCGAUGGUGUUGAUAACCUAGUUAACAAGAGAGUUGAUGUGAAAGUCACAUCAGGUUCAAACACCUGGGAAUACACAAUUUAUCCUGUUGACUGCAGCACAUGGACUGAACCAUCAUCUGAUCCAUCAAAACCAUCAUCGAAUCUAGCGAAUCCAACAGCAAGUUCUCCUAAAACAGAAGCAGGAAAAUCACAAACCUCAACUUCAAGCGGAUCAAAUUCACAAGAUGAUGCAGAUCAAAGCAAAGGAAAUACUGAUAAAAAUGGCAAGAAGAAUAUCCCUCUUAUUGUUGGAAUUUGCGUUGUUGUUGUUACACUCAUUGCAAUUGUUGUUGCGGUUACAUUUAUUAUCAUUAAGAAGAGAGCAAAUGCAGAUGAUCAUUCUGAGGUUCAGAAAAGCUUUUUGGUCUAA